AGCCUUGGCUUUUCUUUUCACAGAUCCUGAUCUGACGAAGUGGGUAGGGUAGUAGGUAUAAGGCCCUGCGUUGCAAGUGGCAGGUUACUAACUAACUGGGUCCGAGGGGUUUGGGUUGAUUGGGGCUCGCCAUGUGGGGUCUGUCUGCUGGAUUACUUGCUGGCUUCUCUGUCUUUGAGUUGGGUUGGGUAGAUUUAAGGAUAUGGGUGAUGGUUUGGUUGGUUGGCUGCUUGUAUGGUUGUUCUGGAUUGUCUUGUGCGGAUGAAUGGGAAGGAAUGGGGAAACAGGGCAGGGCAGGGCAGGGCAGGGUGAUGUGUGUACCUCCCAGGGUAGUAGGCUUAGGGAAGAGAAGGAGGAGGAGGAGGAGGAGGAGGGGGAGGCGAGCGUUGUGGCUAAUUUUCGCCUGCCGGUUCUUGCUUAUUCGCCAUCGCGGGUCGUCGUCAUUUCUGGGAUUGAUUGUUUCCUACCCUUCGGGGAAUGGACGUCAUGGGUCAGGGAUCAGGGGGUCCAAAGACAUAGGAUCGGUUGGGGGAGCUGGGUAUCUGGGUUGAAUGGAGGAAGCAGGCAAGGUAAGGCAAAGCACGGCUGGGUAUAGUUGUUUCUUCCUCUGGGUUUGGGUUCGGGUUGGGGUAUCAGGAGGGGAGGUCUGAGGGUGUGGGUGAGGAGUGAGGCGGUGGAUGGGUGCAUGUUUAUGACUGUUGCUGCUUUGAAUGUGUUGGACAAGGUGCUAACGCGUGUCUCUG